AUGGCGGCGGAGGGGAAGAGGAAGGGCGUCCCGGCGCUCGGGUGGUGGCUGAUGCUGGUCGGCUCCCUCCGCCUCGCUUCCGUCUGGUUCGGCUUCUUCGACAUCUGGGCGCUCCGCGUCGCCGUCUUCUCGCAGACGGAGAUGACUGAUGUUCAUGGCCGUACUUUUGGUGUCUGGACUCUUCUGACCUGCACGCUGUGCUUCCUUUGCGCACUGAACCUGGAAAAUAGGCCUCUGUAUCUGGCCACCUUCCUAUGA